GCGGCGCUGCCCGGGCCGGGCCUCGCGGCGCUAGGGCGGGCUGGCCUCCGCGGGCGGGGGCGGCGGGCUGAGGGCGCGCGGAGCCUGCGGCGGCGGCAGCAGCGGCGGCCCGGCGGGCAGAGCGGCACGGGCAUGGCCGCGCGCGGCCGGCGCGCCUGGCUCAGCGUGCUGCUCGGGCUCGUGCUGGGCUUCGUGCUGGCCUCGCGGCUCGUCCUGCCCCGCGCCUCUGAGCUGAAGCGAGCGGGCCCGCGGCGCCGAGCCAGCCCCGAGGGCUGCCGGCCAGGGCAGGCGGCGGCGGCGGCUUCCCAGGCCGGCGGGGCGCGCGGCGAUGCGCGCGGGGCGCAGCUCUGGCCUCACGGCCCGGCCUCGGAUGGCGGCCCGCGCGACAGGAACUUUCUCUUCGUGGGAGUCAUGACCGCCCAGAAAUACCUGCAGACCCGCGCCGUGGCCGCCUACAGAACAUGGUCCAAGACAAUUCCUGGGAAAGUCGAAUUCUUCUCUAGUGAGGGUUCAGACACAUCGAUACCAAUCCCGAUAGUGCCACUACGGGGCGUGGACGACUCCUACCCACCCCAGAAGAAGUCUUUCAUGAUGCUCAAGUACAUGCAUGACCACUACUUGGACAAGUAUGAAUGGUUUAUGAGAGCAGAUGAUGACGUGUAUAUCAAAGGAGACCGUCUGGAGAAUUUUCUGAGGAGUUUGAAUAGCAGUGAGCCCCUCUUUCUCGGGCAGACAGGACUGGGCACCACGGAAGAAAUGGGGAAACUUGCCCUGGAACCCGGUGAGAACUUCUGCAUGGGGGGGCCCGGUGUGAUCAUGAGCCGGGAGGUUCUCCGGAGAAUGGUACCACACAUUGGAAAGUGUCUCCGGGAAAUGUACACUACUCACGAGGACGUGGAGGUGGGAAGAUGUGUCCGGAGGUUUGCGGGGGUGCAGUGUGUCUGGUCUUAUGAGAUGCAGCAGCUUUUUUAUGAGAAUUACGAACAGAACAAGAAGGGCUACAUUCGGGAUCUCCAUAACAGUAAAAUCCACCGAGCCAUCACCCUGCACCCCAACAAAAGCCCACCCUACCAGUACCGGCUGCACAGUUACGUGCUGAGCCGCAGGAUCGCCGAGCUGCGCCACCGCACGGUCCAGCUGCACCGGGAGGUCGUGCUCAUGGGCCGGUACAGCAACACCCAGGUUCCCAAGGAGGACCUCCAGCUGGGGAUCCCGCCUUCCUUCAUGCGCUUCCAGCCCCGCCAGCGGGAGGAGAUUCUGGAGUGGGAGUUUCUGACCGGCAAGUACUUGUACUCGGCGGCCGAGGGCCAGCCCCCUCGCAGAGGCAUGGACUCCGCCCAGCGGGAGGCCCUGGAUGACAUCGUCAUGCAGGUCAUGGAGAUGAUCAACGCCAACGCCAAGACCAGAGGGCGCAUCAUCGACUUCAAGGAGAUACAGUAUGGCUACCGCCGGGUGAACCCCAUGUAUGGGGCCGAGUAUGUCCUGGACCUGCUGCUCCUCUACAGGAAGCACAAGGGGAAGAAGAUGACCGUGCCUGUGCGGAGACACGCGUACCUGCAGCAGACCUUCAGCAGGAUCCAGUUCGUGGAGCACGAGGAGCUGGACGCCGCGGAGCUGGCCAGCAAGAUCAAUCAGGAGUCCGGGUCCUUGUCCUUUCUCUCCAAUUCCCUCAAGAAGCUCGUGCCCUUUCAGCUCUCUGGGUCAAAGAAUGAGCACAAAGAACCCAAAGAGAAAAAGAUAAAUAUCUUGAUUCCGUUGUCUGGGCGUUUCGACAUGUUUGUGAGAUUUAUGGGGAACUUUGAGAAGACAUGUCUCAUUCCCAAUCAGAACGUCAAGCUCGUGGUUCUGCUUUUCAAUUCUGACUCCAACCCCGACAAGGCCAAACAAGUUGAACUCAUGAGAGAUUAUCGCAUCAAGUACCCCAAAGCGGACAUGCAGAUUCUGCCCGUGUCUGGAGAGUUUUCGAGAGCUCUGGCCCUUGAAGUGGGGUCUUCCCAGUUCAAUAACGAAUCUUUGCUGUUUUUCUGUGACGUUGACCUUGUGUUUACUACAGAGUUCCUUCAGCGGUGUCGAGCAAAUACAGUUCUGGGCCAACAAAUAUAUUUUCCAAUCAUCUUUAGCCAGUACGAUCCAAAGAUUGUUUAUAGUGGGAAAGCUCCCAGCGAUAACCAUUUUGCCUUCACUCAGAAAACUGGCUUUUGGAGAAACUAUGGGUUUGGCAUUACUUGCAUUUACAAGGGCGAUCUUGUCCGAGUCGGUGGCUUUGACAUUUCCAUCCAGGGCUGGGGGCUCGAGGAUGUGGACCUUUUCAACAAGGUUGUCCAGGCAGGUUUGAAGACGUUCAGAAGCCAAGAAGUAGGAGUGGUCCACGUCCACCAUCCUGUCUUUUGUGAUCCCAAUCUCGAUCCCAAACAGUACAAAAUGUGCUUGGGGUCCAAAGCGUCCACAUAUGGGUCCACACAGCAGCUAGCUGAGAUGUGGCUGGAAAAACAUGACCCAAGUUACAGUAAAAACAGCAAUAAUGGCUCCAUGAGGACAGCCUAACGUCUAGCUCUGCUGGAAGAGACAUUUUUAAUUAUCUAAUUUAUUUUUCAAAAAUUUUUUUGUAUGAUCAGUUUUUGAAGUCCAUACAAGGAUAUAUUUUACACAUGAUUUUCUUACAAAGGACUCCUUGAUGAUUGAGCUUUUUGAACAAAAAUGUGAUCAUGUUUGCCUUUGAACACAUUUUUUUGCUGAACAUUGUGUAGCAGACCUGCUUAAUGAUGACUUGAAAUGUACCUGAUGAACAAAACUUAUUUGGUUUUGUUCUUUUACGCAUUUCCUUUUCAGACGACCCCCCUCCCACCAGUCCUCUGGCAGAAAACAUGACCGUUCUGCAAAGUAUUAUUGUAACAGAACACUGUAACUCUGGUAAAUGUUUUGUUGUAACUGUUAACAUUGCACAGAUUCUACCUUUUGUCUUUUUUUUUUUUUUACGACAAUUUUUUUUUUCCCCAAGCCAUUUUGUGUUCUAGUUGUAAAAUAAUGAAAUGUGAUUAAUAGCCGUAUCAUCACUGUCGGGAGAGCGUUCCAAAAUUGAUUCUUUCCCCCAAACUUGUGCUCAUCAUGGUCACAUAUUGUUUUAAAAGCAGGGGGAGAAGGAGCGGCACAGUUAGAUGUGUGGCUGUUCUUGUGGUCGUUCGUGUAGCCUAACGGAUUUCAAUUCCAAGAAGGAUUUGUUGUCUUUUUGUUUUGUUUUUUUUUUUCUCCUCCUGACCCUUCUCUUUAAAGGGUAAACUAUUAUUAAUAUUUAGAAUGACAAAGAAUUAUUGUAAUAAAUCUAACGUACACAAGCUAAAACAGAAACAAAAACCUGCCCUAAUGGAAGCAUUGGGGGGAAAAUGUAUUUUGGUUUUGUUCACUUCAUCUUGUCUGUGUUACAUUAUUGGUGGAGAUGGUUGUUUCAUUCUUUAAUUACUGUUUUGUUUUAUUCUUUGUAUCCGAAAUACCUUUAAUUUAUUUAAUAUCCAUUGUUUAGAGCUCUGUCAUUUCUCCAGUAUGUGUAUCAGGAGUGUGUCUAGUGUUCAUUUGCAGUAAACUGAUCUCCAAAGAUUUCCUUUCGAAAACGCUUUUUCCCUCCUCAAUUUUUACAUUCCUUCCUGUUUUACUAAAUACUAAGUGUUCUUUGACAAUUUUGGUGCUCGCAUGUUUUGGGGACAAAAGUGAAUGAAGUCUGUCAUGACACCAGAACCUUUUGUUUGUUUUCAACUCACGGAUCAAAUGUGCCUUAAUAAAUUUUUUUUUUUUUUUCAUUUAGAUUUCAGUUAGUAAUAGACUUGCCAUUUUAAUGCACAUCGUUGGAGAUCUGCUCAUUUGUAAAUAGUCUAUUUCUCAUUCGGGAAAAUAAACCAGUGAACAGUAUUUUUCUAUUGUACUUUUCAGGACCAUUUUGUCUCAUUACUCCCGUUUUAGCUAAAGAAUUGUAUUACAUUUGGAGAGUAAAAAACUGAAACACUGA